AUGGACGAAGCCACACGAAGCUUUGCAGAAAGGGUUUUUGCUUCAGAAGUCAAGGAUGAGGGAGGACGGCAUGAGCUUUCACCGUUUGACGUGGAUGAGGUCUGCCCAAUUUCUCUGCGGGAGAUGCAGGAGCACAUAUUCCACCUAGAGACCUUAUCCAUCACCACUGAAGGGAAGAGGAAGAAGCGAUUCCAGGGCCGGAAGACGGUCAAUUUGUCUGUUCCGCAGAGUGAAACAUCAUCAACCAAACUGUCUCGCAUCGAUGAGUACAUUUCCUCAUGUCCUGUCUAUCAAACUGUGCCAGACUUCCAGAGAGUACAGAUCACAGGAGACUAUGCCUCAGGGGUUACGGUAGAAGAUUUUGAAGAAGUCUGCCAAGGUCUAUACCAGGCACUAUGUAUACGGGAAAAAUACAUGCAGCAGUCAUUUCAGAGGUUCCCUAAGACUCCUUCCAAGUAUCUCAGGAACAUUGAAGGGAUUCCUUGGAAAGCAGAUGAAAGCUUAUACCCAGUGUUUACUCCUCCCCCGAAGAAAGGCGAAGACCCUUUCCGAAAAGAUGAUCUCCCUGAAAACCUGGGUUAUCAUUUGAAGAUGAAGGAUGGUGUCGUUUAUUGCUAUGCUAAUGAAGCUGCUGCCAGCAGUGAGGAGCCCGUACCUCUUCCCUACCCAAAUCUAGACACUUUCUUGGAUGAUAUGAAUUUUUUACUUGCUUUAAUUGCUCAAGGACCUGUCAAAACCUAUGCCCACCGACGCCUGAAGUUCCUGUCGUCCAAGUUUCAGGUCCAUGAGAUGCUCAAUGAGAUGGAUGAGUUAAAGGAACUGAAAAACAACCCCCAUCGGGACUUCUACAACUGCAGGAAGGUAGACACUCAUAUCCAUGCUGCUGCCUGUAUGAACCAGAAACAUCUGCUGCGCUUCAUUAAGAAAUCUUACCAUUUAGAUGCUGACCGAGUGGUCUAUAGCACCAAGGAGAAAAAUCUGACCUUAAAGGAACUUUUCACUAAACUAAACAUGCAUCCCUAUGACCUGACAGUUGAUUCUCUGGAUGUUCACGCUGGGCGUCAGACCUUCCAGCGUUUUGACAAGUUCAAUGAUAAAUACAAUCCUGUAGGGGCCAGUGAACUAAGGGAUCUUUACCUGAAGACAGACAAUCAUAUUAAUGGAGAAUAUUUUGCUACCAUCAUCAAGGAAGUAGGUGCAGACCUGGAGGACGCCAAGUACCAGCACGCAGAGCCCCGGCUAUCCAUUUAUGGCCGUAGUCCUGAUGAAUGGACCAAGCUCUCAGCCUGGUUUGUCAGCAAUGGUAUCCACUGUCCCAACAUGACAUGGAUGAUUCAGGUUCCCAGGAUCUAUGAUGUGUUCCGGUCUAAGAAUUUCCUUCCACACUUUGGUAAGAUGCUGGAAAACAUCUUCCUGCCUGUGUUUGAGGCUACUGUCAACCCCCAGGCUCACCCAGACCUCAGCAUCUUCCUCAAGCAUAUCACUGGCUUUGACAGCGUAGAUGAUGAGUCCAAACACAGCGGCCACAUGUUCUCUUCUAAAAGUCCUAAACCCCAGGACUGGACAAUGCCAAAAAACCCAUCCUACACGUACUACACCUACUACAUGUAUGCAAACCUCGUGGUGCUCAACAGUUUGCGAAAGGCCCGAGGGAUGAACACAUUUCUGUUUCGGCCUCACUGUGGGGAGGCUGGAGCUCUUACACACCUCAUGAUAGCAUUCAUGACAGCGGAUAAUAUUUCUCAUGGCCUAAACCUGAAAAAGAGUGCUGUGCUACAGUAUCUGUUUUUCCUAGCCCAGAUUCCCAUCGCUAUGUCUCCACUAAGUAACAACAGCCUUUUUCUAGAGUAUGCCAAGAACCCUUUCCUUGACUUCCUCCAGAAAGGAUUGAUGGUUUCACUCUCCACAGAUGAUCCCAUGCAGUUCCACUUCACCAAGGAGCCCUUGAUGGAAGAAUAUGCCAUUGCUGCCCAGGUCUUCAAACUGAGCACCUGCGACAUGUGUGAAGUGGCAAGAAAUAGUGUCCUGCAGUGUGGGAUGUCCCACGUGGAGAAAGUGAAAUUUCUCGGAGACAAUUACCUUGAGGAAGGCCCUCUUGGAAACGACAUCCGGAAGACCAAUGUGGCUCAGAUCCGAAUGGCCUAUCGCUUUGAAACCUGGUGUUAUGAACUCAACCUAAUUGCAGAGGGUCUAAAGGCAACAGAUUAAAAUAAACAU